AUGAACGGGACGGAGGGCCUGAACUUCUACGUGCCUUUCUCUAACCACACAGGCGUGGUGCGCAGCCCCUUCGAGUACCCGCAGUACUACCUGGCUGAGCCGUGGCAGUUCUCCGUGCUGGCCGCCUACAUGUUCCUGCUGAUCAUGCUCGGCUUCCCCAUCAACUUCCUCACGCUCUACGUCACGGUCCAGCACAAGAAGCUGCGCACGCCUCUGAACUACAUCCUGCUCAACCUGGCCGUGGCCAACCUCUUCAUGGUCCUUGGUGGCUUCACCACCACCCUCUACACCUCUAUGCACGCGUACUUCAUCUUCGGGCCCACGGGAUGCAAUCUGGAGGGCUUCUUUGCCACCCUGGGCGGUGAAAUUGCCCUGUGGUCCUUGGUGGUCCUGGCCAUCGAGCGGUACGUGGUGGUGUGUAAGCCCAUGAGCAACUUCCGCUUCGGGGAGAACCAUGCCAUCAUGGGCCUCGCCCUCACCUGGAUCAUGGCUCUGGCCUGUGCCGCGCCCCCCCUCGUCGGCUGGUCCAGGUACAUCCCAGAGGGAAUGCAGUGCUCCUGCGGGGUUGACUACUACACGCCCUCGCCAGAGGUCAACAAUGAGUCCUUCGUCGUCUACAUGUUCGUGGUCCACUUCUCCAUCCCCAUGGUCAUCAUCUUCUUCUGCUAUGGGCAGCUGGUCUUCACAGUCAAGGAGGCAGCUGCCCAACAGCAGGAGUCGGCCACCACACAGAAGGCCGAGAAGGAGGUCACUCGCAUGGUCGUCAUCAUGGUCGUUGCUUUCCUGAUCUGCUGGGUGCCCUAUGCCAGCGUGGCGUUCUACAUUUUCACCCACCAGGGCUCCAACUUUGGCCCCAUCUUCAUGACCAUCCCGUCGUUCUUUGCCAAGAGUUCUGCCAUCUACAACCCCGUCAUCUACAUCAUGAUGAACAAGCAGUUCCGGAACUGCAUGCUCACCACCCUGUGCUGUGGCAGGAACCCACUGGGUGACGAUGAGGUCUCCACCACUGCCUCCAAGACAGAGACCAGCCAGGUGGCGCCUGCCUAA